CAACGGGCUCCACGGGGGGGGGAGGGCGAGGAGUGCGCAGGCGCGGUGUGGCCGUCGGAGCCUGGGGCGUCGUAGCGAUGGACGAGUUCCAGGGUCCCGAGGAGAGCUCUUUUGUUGUUGAUGAAGUGAGUAACAUCAUAAAAGAGGCCAUUGAAAGUUCAAUCGGAGGCAACGCGUAUCAACACAGCAAAGUGAACCAGUGGACCACCAAUGUAGUGGAACAGACUUUAAGUCAGCUCACCAAGCUGGGAAAACCAUUCAAGUACAUCGUGUCCUGCGUGAUUAUGCAGAAGAAUGGAGCUGGUCUGCACACCGCCAGCUCUUGCUUCUGGGACACCACCAGUGACGGAAGCUGUACCGUGAGAUGGGAGAACAAGACUAUGUACUGUAUAGUCAGUACCUUUGGAUUGGCCAUUUAACUUGCUUGAAAAGUUUUCCCGACUGUUUCCAACAUUUCCAUUCCAUUGCUGUGAAUCUUCAGAAUAUCAAGUGUUUGGGGUUUUUUUGUUUUGUUUUGCUACUCUGUGGUGCAGAAAGAGAAAACCAAAAUAUUCAACUUUUACAUGGACUGCACACUUCACCUUGUUCAUUUGUAGAAACAGAAAACCAAAGUUGCUGUCUUUGGGGUUAAGGCACACUCUUGUUAGCCAGGUGUAAUCAGAACACCAGUAUUGCCACCUUGUCUUAACUGAUUUCUUCUAGGUGCUACGAUCUGCUGCAAUGAACUUUCUUUACUCUUGAAUAUUUCAAAUGAUUUACACACCCCACUACUUUUUCACACUUUGUACUCUGGUUAAUAUAAUAAAUUAUUGAAGUUCAA